GCCCCGCCCACACAACCCAUACACCAGUCGCAAGGAUAUGAUGUAAUUGUGACCCUUGAGAAGAGACCGCUGACGAGACAAAAGGGACACAAUGAGUCAGCGAUCAGAGCGACGGGGGAUCCAUGUGGACCAAUCAGAACUGCUGUGUAAGAAAGGCUGCGGUUACUAUGGCAAUGCUGCAUGGCAAGGCCUGUGCUCCAAGUGCUGGAGGGAGGAGUACCAGAAAGCUCGGCAGAGGCAGAUCCAGGAGGACUGGGCCCUGGCUGAGAAGCUGCAGCGAGAAGAGGAGGCGGCUUAUGUCAGCAGUCACAGUUCCUCUCAGACCCAGCCCCCGCAGUCCCACUCUCAGCACUCUCUCGCCACAUUCUCCAAGUUUGAGGAGAAGAAAACCAAUGAGAAGACCCGUAAGGUCACCACCGUAAAGAAGUUCUUCAGCCCCUCCUCUCGCACGGCCCCUAAAAAAGUCCCCCCCGGAAAAGAAAGCGAGAAACGGGAGAAAGAGAAAGAGGAGAAGUUGCAGGGCAGGAGGGAGAGCCAUGGAGAAAACCUCCUGAGGGAUCUGAAGGGCAUUUUUACCCAACCCUGGGAGAUGGCCUCCCCCACUGAAGAGAGCCACGAGGGAAAAACACCCAGUCCUUCCAUCACCCGUCAGUCCAGCAUCGAGACCGAUCGCGUGUCACGAGACUUCGUGGAGUUUCUAAAGGCCUUACAGAAGCCCGGCAGAGAGAUCCACAAGCAGAGUCGUGGUUUCAUAGAGAGCAUGGGAAAUAAAAAGGAUCUGAGUGCUGAAGAGCUGUCUGAGUGUGUGCAGGACUUCUAUCAGAGCAUGUCUGACCGACUCUUGAAUCAUUUUAAAGGCUCCUCUGAGAAAGUGGACAGGGUAAUGGACCAAGUGGAAAAAUACAUCAUGACUCGACUCUACAAAAGCGUUUUCUGUCCAGAGACCUCGGAUGAUGAGAAAAAAGACCUGGCCACCCAGCGCAGGAUUCGGGCCUUACACUGGGUAACCAUUCAGAUGUUGUGUGUUCCUGUGGACGAGGAGAUCCCUGAAGUCUCUGAUAGUGUAGUCAAAGCCAUCACCGAUAUCAUUGAGAUGGACUCCAAGCGUGUGCCCAGGGAUAAACUGGCCUGCAUCACCAGUUGCAGCAAGCACAUCUUCAACGCCAUCAGGGUCACCAAGAACGAACCAGCUUCUGCAGACGACUUCCUACCCACCCUCAUCUAUAUCGUGUUGAAGGCCAACCCGCCACGGCUGCAGUCCAACAUCCAGUACAUCACACGCUUCUGCAACCCUUCAAGACUUAUGACUGGAGAGGAUGGAUACUACUUCACCAACCUGUGCUGUGCCGUUGCCUUCAUAGAGAAGCUGGACGCCCACUCGUUGAAUCUCAGCCCUGAGGACUUUGAGCGCUACAUGUCCGGUCAGGCUUCCCCUCGAAGGCAAGACGAUCCCGCAGCCUGGCCGCAGAGCGGCUCCCGUGUCAACCCAGCACUUAGCCAGAUCCAUCACAACCUCAAGCUCCUAUCCAACCUUGACAAACGACAGCAGCAGGUCAUCGAGGGGGCGCAGAACCUUCAGACCGAACUGGCAGAAUGGCAGGACAGCGUGGCUCGCGAGGUGCAGGAAAUCCUGGAGCGAUACCCGCUAGAGAUCAAACCACGAGCAUCCGCGAUCGAUGCGGAGAACGUGGAAAACGACAGGCUGCCACCUCCUCUUCAACCACAAGUAUUUGCGGGUUAGCGUAGCGGAGUGAAUAAGCCAACGACAUGGUCGUAGCAAGACGGGUAAAGCAUUUUUAAAUGCAGUGGCUGCUCUUGUCCAGGUUUUCCACUCUUUUUCUCUCUGUAUUUAGGAUGAGAUGGCUGUUGCCCAUUCCAUUUGUCUACUAAAUUUGCUUACACAGUCCCCGUCAUAUAUCUUCCACAAACAUAUUCCUGUCUGACAACACUUGCGCAGCUGAUUCAUAAAGGACGAGGCAGUUUGUGAAACUAAAUAAGCGUUCUAACCUGGCUUUAGAAGAUCUGGCAGUGGGUUGGUCUACCUUAAUAUGAGUUUUCUGAAUCGAAUAGCUGCUAAUACGUUCUCUUAAUGUGAUCAUACACCACAUAUCAGCGUUUCUCAUGUAGAUAAGUCAUGUUCACUGUAGGGUGUUUCACCCCCAUGCCUUAGUGUGUAUUUCUUUUGGAUGAAGGUUGUUUUAAGGAUAUAUAAAUUGUACUUACAUAGGAAAUUUGAUGUUGAACCCCAUGCAGAUUUUUAUCCUUUUAAAGGAAUUUUGACGUAUUUUGGUACAUUCCGAUAUUAAAUGCUUGGUCACAUAAUUGAUUAAAUAUUCUGUUGUGCGGAUGAUACAGCAAUAAACACUAUUUACAUAGGAAUUAUAGGUAUAAAGCUGUGCACUUGCUCACUUAAAUUUAUGCACUUCUGUCAUAGUGACCAAAGGUUGUACACACUUCAAAAAAAUUAACGAGUCUUGCAUUUGAUGUUGUCUGCAUUACAUAAGCCCAGUUUAAAUGUGAUCAAGUUUUAAUUUUAAUACUGCCCCAGCUGUAACUGUAACAGGUACUUAGCAAAACACUAUACUCAUGUGAAAAUAAUUGGUUUCACUCACAGUAAUGAUUUUCAUUUAUGACUGUGUGUGAUAUUUAAAUUGAACUGCUUUAUUUAUGAUGUAAAUAUAACGAGGUGUGUUA